UCUCGCCCUCCUUUGUUUAUUUUCUAAUCCAUAUUUUUGAUUUCCUCUUCACUCUCUCCCGCCCGCCCGCCGGCACUCUCGCGGGCCAACCGGGUGCACACCGCUCCCCUCCGUCACCCCAGCCCUCCUCCCGUCUCCCCGAGCGCGGGGUUUGAAGGUCACCUCCUUUCCAGUCCCCGUGCGAGCCGCGCCGCCACCGCCUUCUCCAGCCGGAGCCGGUGGCACAGGCUGCGCUGCCGUGAAGUGGUUCUCGCAGCCGCGGCGGCGGCGGCAGCAGACCGAGCCCGGGGUCCGCGCCGGGUGGGGAAGCCCGAACUCGCGGAGGGGAAUCCCUCUCGCUUCACCCCAGCCCCCGGCUGCACCCGCGGUAGGGCGGGGACGCUCCGCCAGCGCGCGAACGGCAGAGGCGGCGGCCGCGACCAGACCCACGCGUGCGCCUCCCGGGCAGGAAGAGGAAGGAGCGAACAGGGCACCCCGCAUCUGGAGGGGACAGCCGCGCGCCCCGCCCGUGCGUCCGGAGCGAGAGAACUCCGAACCUCCCACCAGGCAGAGCGCGGAGGAGCGGACUGGGCACCCCGGGACCGAGGAACCUUGCGCUCCAGACCCCCGGGCAGUGGCCGUCCCGGCCCAGCGGUGCUGAGUCGCACCGCGCAGCUGCGCCCAGCCUGCCGCCCAGGCAGGGGCGCCAGGGCGGGGCUGACCUGCCAGCAAAGUUGCGGACAGCGUGGGAGAAGCCAGCACCCCCUUUCGCCAUCUCCAGCUCAUGGAAACUGCUCAAAGAACUCAUGCAAGUGGAACUUACAGCUUCCUUGAUCAGACUCAACAUUCAGAUAUCAAAGUAGACUGCAAUACCUGUGUGGAAAUAGAGGACAGAAAGGUUUCAAGACAACAGAUGAAUUGUGAAAGAGAGCAGCUAAGGGGUAAUCAGGAAGCAGCAGCUGCCCCUGACACAAUGGCUCAGCCUUACGCUUCGGCCCAGUUUGCCCCCCCUCAGAACGGCAUCCCCGCGGAAUACACGGCCCCUCAUCCCCACCCCGCGCCAGAGUACACGGGCCAGACCACCGUUCCCGAGCACACGUUAAACCUGUACCCUCCCGCGCAGUCGCACUCGGAGCAGAGCGCAGCGGACACGAGCGCGCACACCGUCUCGGGCACCGCCACACAGACAGAUGAUGCGGCGCCCACGGAUGGUCAGCCCCAGACACAACCUUCCGAAAAUACGGAAAACAAGUCCCAGCCCAAGAGGCUGCACGUCUCCAACAUCCCCUUCAGGUUCCGGGAUCCCGACCUCCGACAAAUGUUUGGCCAAUUUGGUAAAAUCUUAGAUGUUGAAAUUAUUUUUAAUGAGCGAGGCUCAAAGGGAUUUGGUUUCGUAACUUUCGAAAAUAGUGCCGAUGCGGACAGGGCGAGGGAGAAAUUACACGGCACCGUGGUAGAGGGCCGUAAAAUCGAGGUAAAUAAUGCCACAGCACGUGUAAUGACAAAUAAAAAGACUGUCAACCCUUAUACAAAUGGCUGGAAAUUGAAUCCAGUUGUGGGUGCAGUGUACAGUCCCGAAUUCUAUGCAGGCACCGUGCUGUUGUGCCAGGCAAACCAGGAGGGAUCUUCCAUGUACAGUGCCCCCAGCUCACUUGUAUAUACCUCCGCAAUGCCCGGCUUCCCGUAUCCAGCCGCCACCGCCGCGGCCGCCUACCGAGGGGCGCACCUGCGAGGCCGCGGCCGCACCGUGUACAACACCUUCCGGGCCGCGGCGCCCCCGCCCCCGAUCCCGGCCUACGGCGGAGUAGUGUAUCAAGAGCCUGUGUAUGGCAAUAAAUUGCUGCAGGGUGGUUACGCUGCAUAUCGCUACGCCCAGCCCACCCCCGCCACUGCCGCUGCCUACAGUGACAGUUACGGACGAGUUUAUGCUACCGACCCCUACCACCACACACUUGCUCCAGCCCCCACCUACGGCGUUGGUGCCAUGAAUGCUUUUGCACCCUUGACUGAUGCCAAGACUAGGAGCCAUGCUGAUGAUGUGGGUCUCGUUCUUUCUUCAUUGCAGGCUAGUAUAUACCGAGGGGGAUACAACCGUUUUGCUCCAUACUAAAUGACAAAACCAUAAAAACCUUCCAAUGUGGGGAGAAAGGAAGCUUUCCGAGGCCUGGGUAUUGCAAUACAUGCAGUAGUGCAUCAUUUUAGCAUCUAAAAAAAAUAAAAUAAAAAGAGGAAAAAAAGUACAUUUUUUAUCUUAUACCUCAGAUAUUUUGUUCUGUGUAUUUUAAUAUUGUGGGUCUUUCAUUUCUGAAGGUUCCGUAGUUUGGUUGCUGGCUGUAGGAGUUUUUGUGGUUGACCUAGAGAGAUGCUAGCUAUGACUAAAAACUGGUGUAGGGCCAUAUCCAGAGUGCUAUCUCAUGUACAUGAAUUAUAUAUGCUGAAUAUUAAGCUACUGGGGUUAUCAGCUGUUUGGGAAGCGUGUAAGUGACUACAGGAGUCAUGUUCUUCUGCAUCUGCAUUAUUUUAUUUUAUGAAAGGGGAAGGGUGGGCGGCACCUAGGGGGUUGGGACUGGGGUUUGGCUGAAAGAAAAAAAAAAAAAAGUAACUGAUGAAUCUAAACGACCCACACUGCACCAACAACCAUAUAUCAACGGUUCUAAGUCACUCGUUGUCAGUUCAAGCCAAAGGUUACGUUGUUGAGGGGAUGCUUCUAAUAACACUUGUGCAUCCGAGCUGAAUGCAGCUGUGCAAACCCACCCUUUAAACCAUUCCACCCGGCGGUAUUCAGCUUCGUAACCAGCCGCUAGUUAUUUAGGCAAAAGACUGGUAGUUAGGCCAUCCACAAGCAUUCUUUUUAUAUUUCUUCCAGUAUAAUAAAUUAUUGAUAUCAUUGCUGACUUUUAUAUUAUGGGAGGGAAAAAAAUAACAUUAAUAAAAAGGUGAUAAAAAGCACUGUUUCUAUUUUUUUCUUUUUUUCCAAAAAAAAGAAAGUAAUAAAAACUUAAAUUCUUUGUACCAGUGAAAAAAAAUGUAUAAAAUUUACAUCUGUGCAGUGGCGUUGUUAAGUUCUAGAAACAGUCUUAUGAAGCUUUAGUUUUAGCCUCGUAGAACAACUGUUACAGACAGACGUAUAAUUUUUAUGGAAUUACACGAUAAUCAUAUUCGGAUUUAUAGAAGCAUUUUACAAGUAUUGCAGUCAUUGGGUAGAGAUAAUCAUGGUAUUUUCAUCCGCUUGGUACUUUUUGAAACAUGACCGUGUCGUGUAAGCAACCUGCAAUUUUUCAGUCCGUGAGAGCCCGCCCUCCCAUUUUUCCUGGUCCCCAAGGAUUCUCUCAAAUCAGUAUCUUUAGUUUGUUUUUUUUUUUGUCUCCAAGGCCCAGGACACUUGUCAGAAGGAAGCAAAAAACUAGGUCCACCCUCAACAUCCCCCAAAGAACAAAGUCCCCCCACCUCUGAAGCAGGGCCAGAAUGACACAGCCGAAAAAUUGCAGUUUGUCUGUAUACUUCUUCUGUUUGAAGUCUUUCCAUGUUGUCCUGUUUACAAAGUUAAUCUAAGUUGGGGUAUCUGUCACAGACCUUCCUGUUUUUGUAUUUAAAUAAAAAAAAAAAAAUCCUGCAGCAAGUCGUCCCCAGUAGUUUUGCUGCCAUAGGUAAAAUUUCCAUGUGUGCGGUGCAGGCCAUGUGGCAUGCACUUUAGUAAAGCUAUCAACUCACCGCUGUGAACCUGCCAAACUGCUGUAACAACUCUGCUUUAAGACAAAACCAAACAAAACUUAAAAAAAAAAAAAAAGUAUUUGUGAUCCAGCUUUUCUCUUGUCAUCCUAUGUGCAUGCAGUAAGAUCGGUUGGAUAUUAAAUAAAGUUUCACAAGAUUUGAAAACCGAGUUUCUGUAGCUUCGCUGUCUAAGACAGAUCACCGUGAUCUUGCAAAAAGAGAGAAACGGGGGAAAAAACUGCUUAGCGGCCAAAAGUAGGAAAAAAUGUUCUUUUCACCAGAUUGAUUUGGGGGGGCGGGGGUGGCGCGUGAGGGUGUUUUAGAGCAUCCCUGAGACCUUCUCAUCCCCCUACCUGGAAGACGGUGUCAUGACAAUGGGUGCCUGAUUGAUGUUUUUAAGGGAAACGAUGUACUAAAAUGCUACCGCAUCCGACCCCAAAGGGGAACAAGGUAGAAGGAACAGAGUGUUCGGGAGAAUCAAGCGAUGUCUCCCAUUUGCCUCAGAUUUCAAAAUCCAGAAUUUGCAUUGUAUUUGGAAUCACAAACAUAGAAUUCUUACUGUGUUGGUUCAAGUAAAAUUAAUUUGCAGUUUUGAUUUUCAUCGCUGAGCUGUACUUUCCCCCAUGAUUGUAUGUAGUUUUAAUAAAAUCAUUUAGAGCCGCCUGGGUGCCAACUGAUGUUACAGAAUCUUUUGUCGGGCACUCCUCCAAGAGGCCAAUAAGUCAUUUUAAACUGUAUGUCAGAGAUGUAAACAGACAUUUUGGAUUUUUUUAAACGGUAUUUAUUUGGAAUGUUUUCAUUUAUCUAAAUAACUAUUGCUAUUAUGAAUUAUGGAAAAAAAAAAAGAUUACUAUCAUGUGUGGCAUAUAGUGACUUAACCCACACCUCACGCAAUCUGCAAACCCAGAAAAUGUGUAUAUCUGUCUUUAGAAAUUAGUGUUUAUAUCACUUACAGUGGUUUGUGAAUAAAGAAAACUGGUUUGUAAUAUCAAAAAAUAAAAGCUUAGUCUGAAAAGGUC